AUGCUGCCCCUGUGUCCCACUUCUGCAGCCCCUGUAGCUCCCCCUGAUCCAGGAGAUGGACAAAAAACUGAGACUUACCAGGUGCCGGAUAUAGCAGCAUCACAAAGCAUCCAAUGGGAAGUGGAAAAAGAGAGAUUUGGAACUGACUGGGGGUCAGAAACCUAUGUGGAAGAUCUUGAUGCAGGAAACAGAAGGGGGAAAAUAUGUAACGAUAAGUCAGACUUACACUAUCAGUGUGGAACUGAGAUUAGAGAUAGCCAGUAUGAAUGGAGGACGCCUGGAACGUUUUUCAGCCAAAACAUCCCCCUUGCUUUACGUCAACGAAUGCACACUGGGGAGAAGCCACAUAGAUGCAUGCAGUGUGGAAAGAGCUUCAAGCACAGCAGUGCUCUUACCUACCAUUCAAGGAUCCACACAGGAGAGAAGCCGUAUCAGUGCACGGAGUGUGGGAAGAGCUUCAGAUGGAGUAGUGACCUGACUUCCCAUAAAACUAUCCACACAGGAGAGAAGCCAUAUAAAUGCCUGGAGUGUGGAAAGAGUUUCAGGCAGAGCAGUCACCUUACUUCCCAUCAGAGGGUCCACACAGGAGAGAAACCCUAUCAGUGCACUGAGUGUGGAAAGAGAUUCGGACAGAGCAGUAAUCUUACUAACCAUAAAAGACUUCACACAGGAGAGAAACCAUAUAAAUGUAUGGAGUGUGGAAGGAGCUUCAGUCAAAUCUGUUCCCUUACUCUGCAUAAAAGGAUCCACACAGGGGAGAACCCGUAUAAAUGCAUGGAGUGUGGGAAGAGCUUCAAAAACAACGGUAAGCUUAUUUCUCACAGAAGGAUCCAUUCAGGGGAAAAACCAUUUCAAUGUAUGGAGUGUGGAAGAAGCUUCAGUCAGAACUGUUCCCUUACUUUGCAUAAAAGGAUCCACACUGGAGAGAAACCAUAUACAUGCAUGGAGUGUGGAAAGGGUUUCAAGCGGAGCAGUGAACUUACUUCCCAUAAUAGGAUCCACACCGGAGAGAAAUCUUAUAAAUGCAUGGAGUGUGGAAAGUGUUUCAGAUGGAGGAGUCAACAUACUUCCCAUCAUAGGAUCCACUGUGGGGAAAGCACCUAUGUAGGGAACAGACAGGGAAGUGCCUCCCCACAUUCCCUGACUUUUCAGCCCCUCCGGUCAGGUUGUGAGUUGCCAGCUUGGACUGUCGCUUCGGUAUCUUCUUGAGAGAAAGAGCUUGCCUGGUGCUCAAAGGAGGUCCUCCCUGCCCUGCUCCUUCGAGAGACAGUCAGUUUUGCCUGGGGGCGGCAGGUGGGUGGGAGGAGA